AUGGAAAUCAUCUAUUGUAUCAUUGUGAGAGAGUCUUCGACAUCUCCUGCUGUCCAAACGAACGAGUCAGCAAGUGAAGUAUCCAUCUCAACAAAAAUUACACCAUUUGAGAAGAUUGAUGAAAGCAAUAAGGAGGUAGACAAGAAACUGGAAACAGCACCUGCACAUGCUUCCCUGACUAGAGACUUUCUGCAUCACAUUGUUGAAAGCACAGAAACCAGUGAGACCUUGAGUGAAAUGAUCUUCAAAGUCCAUUUACCCCUACCUCAGAAGUUGCCAUUUGGAUCAUGCGACUCUCACAGACAGUACCAUGAAUCUUGGGUGGUGCCCAGAUUCUACAGCGAUAGCGCAGGCUGGAAUGGUCGAGUAUUGCUGGUAAUCUUGCAUAUGAUGAUCAUUGCCAUCCCACUGGUGGUGCCAUUCACUAUCAUUGAGAUCAUGAGCAGAUUCCACAUGAGCAGAGAAUCUACUGGAACACAGCUGGUCUGCAUAAUGCUGUGGUAUGCAUUCCAGGAAUUGGCGAGCUACGUGGACAUGAUUUACUGGACUAUCGGCGGAGGAUUGCAGGCUACAUAG